AUGGCCGAGAAUGCAGAGCGACGAAUCAGGAACACAGCAGGGAUAUCAGAACAUGCCACUAUAGGAACUGGCACAAACCAGCUCCCGGUAAACCCUGAUGGAAGAAACCACAAGCCCCUCUUCCCUGUUGCCUUGGCUGAACAUAGGCCUGAGGGCAUGACAGGGUCUGACCACAUUAAUUUGGAUGGGCAUGUUCCAGUCACUGAUCCCGAUCCUGAUCCUGUGCCAGUCCCCAUCUCUGAUCCUGAACCUGAUCCUGAUCCAGUGCCAGCCUCAUUCACUGAUCCCAAUCCUGAUCCCAGGAAAACCCUAGCCACUGAUCCCAAUCCUGCUGCUGAUCCUGGGCAACCCCUGAUUACUGAUCCCAGACCUGAUCCCAAUUCGGAUCCUGAUCCUGAUCCAGCACCAGUCCCAGUCUCUAUUCCUGAUCCAAGGCAAUGCCCAACUACUAAGCCUGAUCCUUAUCGUGGGCUAAUGCCAGUCACUGAUCCCAGGCAAGCCCCGAUCACUGAUCCCAAUCCUGAUUCCGGGCAAUACCCAGUGAUCUUGAUCCUGAUUCUGAUUCCAGCUGGCCCCGCCUACCUCAGCCUGGUGAGUAAGGCCUCAGCAUGCAGCAGUCCUGAAGUGAAAGAGGUGGAUAAAUGUAGUCCGUUCAAGGAAGCACCCAGUGUGGUGUUCCAGUCCAGAGGCAGUCCUUUUGCUGAGGCAUUCACUCCAGUAUUACAGCUGAGCCAUCAUGGAAGAACAAAUGCCGGUCGACUGAGUCCUCCCGCUUAG